UAGCCGGAUGCCUUUUCUAUUAACUCCAGUAAAAUGAAGUUUACAAUAUUUUGUAUUAUUUUACUAAGUUCUAAACUCUUUUCACAAAAUGAUGUGGCUGCUCGACCUCUAAGAAAUUGUUCACUUAUAAAGUCUGAAAACUUUAUGAUGUCCGUUCAUGAUUUGAGCCAUAGCAAAACAUCGUCUGUUUAUUUAAAUAUCGCAGACGUAGAGUAUAAAACUGUUGACCAAUUUUUGCAUUAUCUUCGAGAUGAGAAAAAGUUGGCAUUGAGUGUACACACCGCUUCCAUCAAUGAGGGUGACAAUGCCUAUUCUGCUGUUCUUUUAGAUACCCCUUUGUGUGAAGUAAUUGAUGUGACUGAUAAUGAAGAUCCAAGUAGGGUUCAAUAUACUUUUAGUGUGGGCACUUCGUAUACGCCGUAUCAAAAUCUCACCACGAGAUUUAUGAAAGGACUCAUCUACGACGAUUGUACAAAGCUUUUCAAAUUGGGUAGCCGGUCUCCAAUCAAAUUCGCCGACAGUUAUCAACCAGCUCAGAAUGAUCCCUCACCAAGCAUUACUAUGGAUAAACGAGUUGUAGAAGUAACGCGCUCCUCUGAGUCCAAAUCCCAACAAGAAUAUAGUUUUUCCGCUGAAAUUUCUGCAUUUAUCGUAUCUGGAAGCACACAAUUCUCGAAUCAGCAAAGUUCUUCAUCGGAAUACAAGUCCAAAACUCGAUAUGGUCUUGUAUCGCUUCUAAGCCAGAAAACAGAACUCUUGAUUGAUGAGGAUCAAAUCGAAGUAAAACGAGACUUUCUAGGCAAACUCUAUAAUGCUGCCGACAAGAAAACGCGUUCGAAUAUAGAACGUACAAAAAAAAUCAUCAAGGUAUUAAACGAAUAUGGUUGGUACAUAUCGAAUCACUUCAUUCUUGGCGGACGAAUAGAUAUCACUACACUCUUUACCGAAAAUAGCAGCUCAAAUGAAAGCAGUAUGCUUAAUAGUAUGAAAGCAAAACUCGAAGCCAAAUGGAAAAUAUACGGUGGUGGUGUUAGUGGAUCGUCUCAAUCGAGCUCUAGUCAUCGAAACAGUAACUCAGAAUCCACUGAUGGUGAAUCUAUAACUUCUACAGUUGAUGGAGCAUUAGAUGUUCAGACUUUCAAGAACAACAUUGACGACCCAAAAAAAUGGCGAGUCAUCUCUCUGAAAAACAUCAUUCCUACUUGUAAAUUUGUUCUGAAGACUGAUGCUCAUUUGAUGGGUGAUAUUAGGCGAUUAAUUGUCACCUAUGGAAAUCUUCCACAAAUUGCUAAGUUACAACCAAACAUUAAAAUGGUGGAAUAUGUCAACGAGUUGUGGUCAGAUUAUGUUCAACCAUUUUAAACUAAUAAAAUGUAAAAAAAUUAUACUCUCUAGUAUAUUCAUACAUAUUAUGUA